AUGGCGAGUGACAGUAGAGGAUGCAGAUUACUCUCAGAUUUAAACAGUGCAUUUAGACGAGAUCCAAACAUAGAUGAGUAUGACUUCCUGCCAGUUCAAGAACCCAAACACAACAGAAGUCCCUUAGUUUUACAGGAGCAUAAGUUGGGGAUUGAAUCAUGGAGUAUCAAGAUUCUUUUUCAGUAUGCUUAUCAUCGGCUCAUCUCUUGGAAAAAAAACUUGCCACAAACAAAGUUCAUAGACCCAAGUGAACUAUGCAGUAUAACCAGAGCCAUAUUGCUAGUAAAUGCUGAUUGUGCUACAGCUUGGAACACUAGGAAAGAGCUGGUAGAUAAUGCAGACCUUUCUGUCACAGAGGAUCUAAAGUUUGGAGCUCUAAUUCUGAAGAAACAUCCAAAGAGCCCAGAAACAUUUUCUCACAGAAAGUGGUUACUUCAUCGAUUUGUAGACAACUGUUUAGCCUCUAGUGCAGGUAGUAAUACAAGUACAGGAAGCAUUGUUUGUGAUAAAUUUGUAAAUAUGGAUGCAAUUGAUCUAAAUAUGGAUGCCUCACUCAAUGUACCAUGUGAAGACAAUGGCCCUGACAUUAUAAAUCAACCUGAUUACAGUGAGCAAAUUAGAAUGGAACUGAGUAUAUGCAAAAGUGCUGCAGAUAAUCAUCCUUGUAAUUACAAUGCUUGGAGUCAUGGAAUCUGGGUGUUGCAGCAUUGUUUUAAUUCUUCUUUACAGGUUGUGUGUAAUGAGCUUCAUUCAACAGAAGAAUGGAUAAAGAAACACAUCUCAGAUCAUAGUGGAUUACAUUACAGACAGUUCUUGUUGAAAUGUUUAUCCCAACAGGCAGAAAAACUGUCUGAACAAUACUUACUGAAUUACAGGAACAUUAUUCAAAAAGAAAUGCACCUGAUCACAGAUCUAAUUAAAUGUUAUCCAGGUCAUGAAGCACUCUGGUACCAUAGGAGAUACGUAUUUCAAGCAUUAUGUGAGUCAUGUGACAGAGCUUUUAAGGAACCCAAUCAACUAAGUGACCAGUCACUGGAAAAUCAACAGAAGAAAACCAAAUUCGAAAAUGAGAGACAAGUAUUGCUGAUAAAUGAAGUGGAUACAGUGUCCACUAUUGACCUUAUUGGUCGAGACAAAUACAACCAACAACUAGCCCAGAAAUACUUGGACUGGAUUCAGACCUACUGCAGGAGAUGAUCAUUUACUUUCUUAUUACUGUUUUGUCUUAAAAAUUGUGAAGUACAAUGAUCUAAAACUAUGAAAUUAA